AUGACUUCCGUCACUGUGUCAACUCCGGUGAAGAGCCACCACGGACUCUUCUCCACCAAGACAGCUGGAGGCCGUAUUCCUCUCAGCCCCUCGCCAAACCCCCGUGCCAGCGGCCAAGAGUCGCCUUUCACUCCUCCCCCUCGUCAGUCCGACUCGAGCCGCGGACAAUCCAAGUCUGUAUACGGCGGAAAUCUGUCCGCACACUUCGCCAAGUCUUCAGUCUCGACGAAGUCCUCAGCCGCUACAAAGCCAUCAGUGUCUUCCAAGUCGUCUGUCUCCAGCAAGCCCUCCGUAUCCACCAGGUCCUCUGUGUCGAAGACUGCGCGUCCCGCAUACCGUGAAUCCCCCAAGUCAAACAUUGCCCGCACCCGCAAGUCCCCCAAGCACCUAGAGCUCGGCGUGUCUGAUUGGACUUUGACCGGUACAAGCGCCACAUCAGCCAACACACCUUCCAAGGAACGUGUGCGCAGAGAGACUGCCCCUCGCACUCGGUCAAGCAAAACCACCGUGCGUAUCUCGCACAACGCCGGUGACCGUUUUAUCCCGAACCGGGCCGCCAGUGAGGGUCUGGCCACGACGGGAGCUGCCAAGCCUGAAGAGGGACAGCGCCCCAAGAGUGGGAGCAGUGGAAGUGAUGGAACUUCAGUCAUUGCGUCAGCGGCCAGUGCCAGCGCUUUCGACAUUGGCGCGCGCGGAUUCGAUGAUGAGCUGGCUUCUGCUUUGGAGAACAUGGGUCUAGAAGACAACGAGCCCUCGGCUUACACACGCCCAGCACCAGAGGCGACUGCAUACAAGUCCUCUUUGGCUGAAGCCUGUGGGGUGAGCAUGAAUACUCGCAUUCUUGCAUUCAAGCCGCCUCCUCCUGAGUCGUCGAAGCCCAUUGAUCUUCGCGCCCAGUACAACCGUCCUCUGCGUCCCGCCAAGUCCACUGCUGCUCAAUUCCGUCGCCGCGUACAGACUGCCCCGGAGCGUGUUUUGGAUGCCCCCGGUCUUUUGGAUGACUACUAUCUCAACUUGCUUGAUUGGAGCUCGGGUAACCAGGUCGCCAUUGGUCUUGAGCGCAACGUCUACGUCUGGUCUGCGGAAUCUGGAACAGUUAACUGCCUUUUGGAAACAUCUCCUGAUACCUACGUCAGCAGCGUGAAGUGGAGUGGUGACGGUGCCUACGUUGGUGUUGGCUUGGGAACUGGUGAAGUCCAGAUCUGGGAUGUUGAGGAGGGCUCUAAGCUGCGCAGCAUGUACGGCCACGACUCCCGCGUCGGUGUCAUGGGCUGGAACAAGCACACUCUGUCCACUGGAGCCCGCAGUGGUCUCGUCUACAACCACGAUGUUCGCAUCGCGGAUCACAAGAUUGCGGAGUUGGUUUCCCACACUUCGGAAGUUUGCGGGCUCGAAUGGCGCGCCGAUGGUGCUCAAUUGGCCACUGGUGGAAACGACAACCUCGUCAACAUCUGGGAUGCUCGCUCCCUUACUGCCCCCAAGUUCACCAAGACCAACCACCGCGCAGCUGUCAAGGCUCUUAGCUGGUGCCCUUGGCAAUCCAACCUUCUUGCCACUGGCGGUGGCUCCUACGAUCGUCACAUUCACUUCUGGAACACCACCACUGGAGCCCGCACCAACAGCAUUGACACUGGCUCCCAGGUCACUUCCUUGCGCUGGAGCAACCACUACCGCGAGAUCGUCAGCUCCAGUGGAUUCCCUGACAACUCCCUCAGCAUUUGGAGCUACCCUACCUUGGUCCGCAACGUGGAAAUUCCGGCUCACGAGACCCGUGUUCUUCACAGUGCGAUCAGUCCCGAUGGCCAGAUGCUUGCUACGACUGCGGCUGAUGAGAGCUUGAAGUUCUGGAAGAUCUUUGAGCGCAAGCCUGGCAGCAGUGCCUCCGCUUCUCGUGAGGGUGGCGUGGGCAGCAAGGCCCAGAUGACCAAGUCCAUGACCAUCCGCUGA